AUGUGGCCUGAUAUCAUCAGAAAGGCUAAAGAAGGUGGAUUGAAUAUUAUCCAGACUUAUGUGUUCUGGAAUCUUCAUGAGCCUAAUCAGGGCGAGUGGAAUUUUGAAGGCAAUCGUGACUUGGUGAAAUUCAUAAAAUGUAUCUGGGAGCAAGGCUUGUGGGUGACCCUCAGGAUUGGACCAUACAUUGAAGCUGAAUGGAAUAUGGGAGGAUUUCCAUACUGGCUAAGAGAGGUUCCCGACAUCAUAUUCCGUUCCGAUAAUGAAGCUUUCAAGUACCACAUGCAAAAGUACGCAGAGAAGGUGAUUAACAUGAUGAAAAAAGAGAAACUGUUUGCUGAUCAAGGAGGACCCAUCGUCAUGAUGCAGAUUGAAAAUGAGUACAACAAUGUACAAUUAGCAUACAGAGAAAGAGGUAUAAGUUAUGUGAAAUGGGCAGCAAACAUGGCUCUAAGUUUAUACAACGGGGUCCCUUGGAUCAUGUGCAAACAAAAGGAUGCCCCUCCCACAGUGAUCAGUACAUGCAAUGGAAGGCAGUGUGCAGACACAUUCGCUGGUCCAAAUGGCCCUGACAAGCCUUCUCUCUGGACUGAGAACUGGACCGCACAGUACAGAGUAUUCGGCGACACCCCCUCUCAGCGCGCUGCUGAAGAUAUAUCCUUUGCGGUUGCUCGGUUCUUUACAAGAAAUGGCACACUCAACAACUACUACAUGUACUACGGUGGAAGUAACUUUGGGAGAACCAGUUCCUCCUCCUUUGUCACUACUCGUUACUACGACGAAGCUCCUCUUGAUGAAUAUGGUUUGAGGAGGGAGCCCAAGUUCGGUCACUUGAGGGAUUUGCACAGGGCUUUGAAAUUGAGCAAAAAGCCUUUGCUUCGAGGCACUCCAAAGGUGGAACGCAUCAGCCAAGACCUUGAGAUCACUACUUAUGAGAAACCCUCUGAAAAUCUUUGUGUUGCCUUCUUGACCAACAACGACACGAGAGAAGCUAAAACUAUUCAUUUCAGAGGCAAGGAUUACUACUUACCUUCCAAGUCCGUCAGCAUUCUCCCUGAUUGCAAGACCGUCGUCUACAACACAGCUGCAAUUGUAGCACAACACAGUUCUAGGAACUUUGUUGUGCCCCAACAGGCAAAGUUUUCCAAAUGGGAGAUGUUCAAAGAAACUAUUCCAACCAUUAAUGACUUGAAAGAUAGGACUCCCGCGCCCAAGGAACUUUACAGUUUUACUAAGGAUGUCUCUGACUAUGCUUGGUACAGCACAAGCAUCAAGAUAGAUGCUCGUGAUUUGCCAAUGAGGCCCGAUGUUCGUCCAGGCCUUCACAUUGCUAGUCUUGGCCAUGCUUUGCUUGCAUUCGUCAAUGGCGAAUACAUAGGAUUCGAGCACGGUAGCAACGUCGAGAAGAGCCACAUUUUCAGAAAGCCAGUGAAUUUAACGGCUGGAGACAACGACAUCACAUUGUUGGCCAUGACUGUCGGCUUCCCCAAUAGUGGUGCCUACAUGGAGAAGAGAUUUGCUGGUCCCCGAGCUGUCACUCUUGAGGGUUUGAUGUCUGGAACUCUUGACAUUACCAACAAUAAUUGGGGUCAACAGGUCGGCGUCAACGGC